ACCAUUGCAUCACUGUAUGUUUCUGGGGGCUGACUAAACUGGCGUACAGGCGGGUCUUUCUCAAACCACUCCGUCCUGUGUUUGUCUCUAAGCAGCAGAAAGAAGCGCAUCUCAUGAAGAUGUAGCUUCAGGACAAGUUUCCUUCUCUCCAUCGUACUCUGCUCCAAAACAUUAUGGCGUCGAGAAGAGCAACAAUAGCACCAAGUGCUUUAAAAAGCACUGACGCUUUAAGUUCGAAAAGUGGGAGCAAUGCGAAUAAAACCAACAACAGCGGAAACGCUAGGAAAAGUGUGAAGACAAGUGGAACGAUAGUCAAGUCUCGAUAUAUGCAGUCUGCUGAGAAGUCAUCACUUUCGAAGAGUAACUCGCUGACCAACGAGUCUAUUGCCGGGCCACUGAGGCCUAUCUCACCUAAACCCAGUGGUGUCAGACCAAAGCUGGGCGUGUCACCAAGGCGCUCCAUGGCCCCACAGGCUCUUGCAACAUCCAUCAUGUCACGGGAAACGGAACCGUCGCUACUCGGGGAAAGUAUUCUACAGUCUACUUUCUCAGCUGGACCCUGCUUUCGACCAGAGUUUGAUAUUUCAGUCAUUAAAGAGAAAACAGUGAUGGAAAAAGCAGCAGAACCCGAGAGACACCCAGAAGAGGAGAAGAGGGACAUUGAGUUGCAAACGUUACGACUGGCCUACCUCACAGCUAAGAUGGAGAGCAAUACUGCAAAACUCAAGGCUGAGGCAGAGGCAAAGAUCCUGCAGAUAAUGGAGGAAGACGAGGCGCUGCAUAAAGACGUCCAUGAGAAGAAGCGCCAGUACCUACUCGCAGAGAAGAACAGGCUGAUGAAUGAGCUGCUGGAUUUGCAGAUUGCUGCACUGACUCCUGUGGCAGAAGCUGCUCAGCAGUUCACAGAGCACUACAACUCUUUUGCAACCGCUGUUGACACCACCAGACAUGAGCUGCCUGUCAAGAACUUCUACAUCGAUGGAGACCGAAGGGAAUUUCUAGAUAAAGCUGAGGUUUGCCUGAAGGAGAGUGAGCAGCUGUUGCUGGGCUGUACAGAGGGAGAUUAUAAGGACAACAGCACCUCUCUUGAGUGCCUCAGGAACAUCAAAAUGACAUCAAACGGCAUCAGCCAGCAGCUUUCAGGUGCAUUUUCAGAGCUGCUGGAGCUGUCUUCAUCAGCCGGUCGACAUACAAUCCUCGUCCAGCAGGCCGUGGAGGAAGAGCAGCUCGGUCCUGCAAGAACCCACGAGCUCUACUGCCCCAAACAGUGACAGAUGCCACACAGCAUGGGAUACAUAGCAAAUGCACUUUGAUAACCCCAAUUCCCUUUGUGACAUUCGUGACAUUGUGUACUGUCAAAUGUUUUUGUGUGCUGUAUUAUGAAUUUGUAAAUGUAAAUAUGAAGGCUAGGGUUAGCUAACCUCUAGCUGAGCUGCAGGGCGGAUGGCUCCGCUUUCAAAAUUUGUCACGGCCCCUGGGCUUUUCACUCAUUUGGAGAGACGGACAGAGCAGCGUCACUGAGCUCAGACGUCCGAUGAGGGCUUUUCAGAAUAAAACCUCUGCGUAACACGUUUGAUGUAAAAUUUGGAUUAUUACUUUUCAAUCCUCAGUAGCAAAACGGCAGAGUAAAAAUAGACAUGUAACUUAAAGUCAAAAUAAGUAAAGAUACAAUAUAGACACAAGGAAAGACAAACAAAUAAUACAUUUACAAAGUAAGGAAGCUAAAUGUGUUUCUAAAUGGUUCGGCAUUGGGUUGGGUGAUAUGGCCAAAACCUGCAUCAAGAUAAAUGUCACAUUGUUGUUACUUCAAGUUUAAAGAUGGAUUUUUAUUCCUAAGCGUGGGUCUGGGUUUUUAACUCUUCCUGGUGAAGAGAAUGACAAACACUUAAUGAAACAGCAAAACAUUAUACAACCUGCAGUUGAUCAAUUAUGUGUUAUACUCAGUCGCUGUAUUUGCACAACGCAUAAGCACUACAUAGACAAGUAUUGAUCUUAUAUUUCUAUUGAUAAAAAUAUAUAUAUAUUAAAAACAAUAAUAAAAAAAUGAAUUAAAAAAAAUUAUUACAAAAAAUAUUUAAAAAAAAUUUUUUUAAAUAACGAAA